GGUGGAGCGCGUAAAUCGCGGAUAUCCCGUUCUGUAAAAUGGCGGCGUGACAGAGGCUUGUUUAAAUUUUUAGUUUGAAACAACGUCGUCACAGUUUCCGUCAGGGGAGUGUCUGGACCUGCCUCACAUUUAAGAUAUAAUAACAGGAAUUUAAACUUCCUGAAAGGACCAGCAGUGAUGGCCAAACGAAUCGCUGAUAAGGAGUUGACCGACAGGAACUGGGAUCAGGAAGAAGAAGGAGAGGAGGCAGGGACCUUUUCCAUCGCCAGUGUUGAUGUGCUGAAGAACCGACCAAUCAAGAAGGCCAAGCGUAGGAAUAUUGGAGAGAGUGAGAACCCCGGUGCCUUCAAGGGCUUUAAGGGCUUCUCCCUGACGUCAUCGGCGUCCAGCGCCGCCGCCCCCACCACCGGGUUCUCCGGCUUCGGGAACGGCGGCGGCUUCAAGGGGCUGGCGGGGCUGUCCAAUGGCAGCACUCCGUUCGGGGGCUUCUCGUCCACCACCGCCCCCGGUUUAACAUUCAACGGCCCCGCCUCCUCCUCCUCCUCCGCCACGGCCGGCGACGUCACCACCAAUGGCUCCGCCCCCAGCUCCACUCAGAGCCCCGGCGCUCUCGGCAGCGGCAUUAGCGGCGGCGGCAGCGGCGCCGUCGGUAACAACAAGGAGUACAGCCGGCAGCUCACGGCGCUCAACUGCUCGGUGCGCGACUGGAUCGUCAAGCACGUCAACGGCAACCCGCUGUGCGACCUCAACCCCAUCUUCAGGGACUACGAGCAGCACCUCGCCAGCAUCGAGAGGAAGUACGGCGCCACAGCGGCGGCCGCCACCGACGGGGGUUCCCAUGGCAACGCGCCAGGGGGAGAGAAGCAGGCGGGGGGGGCACUGCCAGCCUCCUCUUCCUCUUCCUCUUCUUCUUCUUCUUCCGCCGACGCUUCUCCUUCCUCCUCCUCCUCCUCCUCGACAGCGGCGGCGACGGCGGCGGUGCCCUCCUUCUCCUCGCCCGCGGCGGGCGCCCCGCUGAAGACGCCGGCGUCUUUGUUCUCCUUCGGCCGGGACGGCGCCGCCGACAAGGGCAGCAGCCCGGCCGGCGCGGCGCCCGUCCCCGCCGGCGUGACGUUUAACUUCGGCCAGAAGCAGGACAGCGCGGCCCUGGGGCCGUUGGCGUCGGGCGGCACCGGCGCCCCCCCCAGCUUCUCCUUCUCCUCCGCCCCGGGCCAGAGCUCCCUGUUCGGGGGUGCCACCGCCGCCGCGUCGGCUCUACCCUUCUCGUUCGGUGGGGCGAAGGCAGAGGCGGCCCAGCCCUCCACCACAGAUGAGAACGGAGAGGAGGAUUCCGACGAGCCCCCCAAAGUGGAGGUCCGGGAGAUCAAGGAGAAGGAUGCCUUCUACUCCCAGAGGUGUAAGCUGUUCUACAAGAAGGACGCCGAGUUCAAGGAGAAGGGCGUGGGCACGCUGCACCUGAAGCCCACUGCCGAGGGGCGCACGCAGCUGGUGAUCCGCGCAGACACAAACCUGGGCAACAUCCUGCUCAACAUCGUGCUGGCCCCCUCCAUGCCCAGCUCCCGCGUGGGCAAGAACAACGUGGUGCUGGCGUGCGUGCCCAACCCGCCGGUGGACCCCAAGAGCCCCGCCGUGCCCAUGCCCAUGCUGAUCCGCGUCAAGACCACGGAGGACGCCGACGCCCUCUACAAGAUCCUGGAGGAGAAGAAGGCCUGAAGAGCCCCCCCCCCCCCCC